CCUCAGGUGGUGUCACCGUCCCUGCUCCCACAAAACUGCCACCCCAUUGACACCCUGCGCCUACAAAACCGACGCGCAAUCAAUGGAGCCACCUUCCUUCGUCUCCAAAGCCCGGACCGCCAUCCAUUCCGCCGCGGCAAAGGCGGAACGAGUAUUUACUGAAUUUAAAUCAGAUCGAGAUUCUGAUAAAAUAUGGCUGAACGAUGAAUCUACUAGGAACGAAGUGGAGGCUAAGAGUCAGCACGAGGUGAAACAAUUCAGGUGGAGACCAGGAAAUUUAGGCACAAAAGAGGAUUGGCAGAAAAGGUUCAAGAACAUAAGACUGGGAAGAAAAGGAGUUGAAGAUUCAGAGAAGGUUGAGAAUUCAGAAAUGGCUGUCGUAUUCUGUGAUGAAAACUUGUAUCUGCUGAAUAUGAAAAAUGACCUUGAAGCAAAGAAUUUAGAAGCAAUUCCCUCAGUAGAUGUCUUAAAUGCCAGCAGUUACACGUGUAACCUACCUCCAACAUCUGUCAUUGAACAAUUGGCUGCAGCUGUUGAGUCUGGAAAGAAAUUUAAGUCCAUGAAAGAUCUUUUGGCUUCAUCUAGGGAGUCUUCGCCUAUUAGAGAUAGGACAGGCUUGAGCCUUUCUGCAGUAAAGUCAUUAGUUCUUCGUGACAAGGAGGGUAAGAUUACAUCCAGCUUCGCUGAUGAUGAAAGGGUCCUGGCUUUGAUUCGUUCCUUGUUUAAUACAGAGGGAAAGUUCCUUCGAAGGAAGAUUGACCCUAGUUCAGAUGCAUGUACUGCCUUGACGUCUUUGCCAAGAGACAUUCAUGGUGCUCCCCCAGAAAGCUUUGUUGUUAAGUUAUCUGAAGUCAUUGGAAGCUUUAAAUCCUUUCGCAGAAUGGGACAAUUUUGGUGCAAAGUUGUUGAUGAGCUGAAGAGAUUAUGGUCUGAAGAGCAGCAUAUACCUGGCAUUCCUGUGGAUGGAAUUCCAGAUUUAGAUUCAUGUCUUUUGUAUCAGCAAUUACAGGUUUUUAAUUGCUGUAUUUCAAGAAAAAGGCGUCGUUCUGUAGGCAUUGAAUCAUUAGAUUCUGUAAUUAGUGGACUCAGUUCAACUAUAAAAGAAUCCGCUGUUUCCACAAAUAAGGUGCAUGAAACAUCCUUUCUGUAUGCUAGAGUUAGCUCUGGAGAACUUGUUCUCAGGCUGGGAGCUAAUAAUUUGGCUGAUAAUCUGACAAUGCUGGAAACUGGUGAACCUAUUUACUCUCCUGUAACUCAGGAAGGGCCUUUGCUUACAGAAGAUCUUAUCAGAGAAACAGAGGAGUUUGUGCUUCGGACUGGGAGUGUUGGUGCUGGGUGUUCUCAACUCCUUUCUGACAUGCAGGCUUUCAAGGCUGCAAAUCCAGGUUGUGUUUUAGAAGAUUUUGUGAGAUGGCACUCUCCUCCUGAUUGGACUGACAGUGAGCCCAGUGAUGAUGCUGACACUAUGGUUACAAAAGGCCAGCUAAGUAGGCGAAUGCAAAAAGAAGGUAAUUUGUGGCAUAAAUUGUGGGAAACAGCCAAGCCAAUUCCAGCUUUCAAGCAGACACCCCUCUUCGAUGAGGAUUUGGCAGUGGAAGGGAUUCUGAAUUUUUUGGAUGACAUUCCACCUUCUGAGCUUUUUCAACAACUAUUUGUUUCUGUUCUUGGUUUGGGGUUUGUACUUGCUGAGGCCAAGCUCUGCACCGAUGGGAAUUUGUCAAAGCUGUUUUACGAGUGCAAAGACUAUGUUGUUGCAACUUGCCAAGGAGGUAGUUGGAAUGAAAAGCUUGAAAAUCUUUCCCAGGUGUACAAAACAGUGGAAACAUUGUUACUCUCUCCUGAGGAAGUCCUAAAAUCUAUGAAGCCAACAGAAGAGAUCCAUGUUGUUGAACCAGAAAACCCUGAAAGUGAACUAAAACGUCGCAUUAAGAAGCUUGGCCUCAACUUCGGUGGCAAGAUUAGACAGCAGCCAAAUGAUCAAAAGAAUUCAGAUCAGAACUCAAUUCGCCAACCAUUCUCUAGCUUUUUCGAUAGCAAGUCAUCUUUGUUUUCAAAGAAGCAUCAAGGGACUGAGAAUCUACCACCAGCUUGCAAAACUCUUUCUCCAGAUGAAAAUGAUUGGACACUUGUUUGAUUGUACCCUUUCCUUCCAAUUGAUUCAACAAUAUACAUGGUUUUGCAGGUAAUUGUAAAUUAUUUUGAAGCAAUGCCCUGAUUGUAGUCAAUACCAGGAAUCUAAAAGUUUUGAUAGAUUCCGAAAAGAAUGAAAUGCAAUUCAUUAC